AUGAUGCUAGACGAAUUGGUUAAUCUCGACGAAGAAAGAGUCUUGGCGUUGGACGUCUUAACGAGGCAGAAGGAUCGCAUAGCUAAAGCAUAUAACAAGAAGGUUAAAAAUCAAUCUUUUGUCACAGGGGACUACGUGUGGAAAGUUAUCCUGCCAAUGGAUAAGAAAGAUAGGGCCUACGGAAAAUGGGCCCCUAGUUGGGAAGGACCGUUUGAAGUCGAGAAAGCACUAUCUAAUAAUGCCUACGUGAUUAAAGAAUUAAGCGGUCAGCGUCAAUUUGUUACAAUAAAUGGCAAGUACCUAAAAGCGUAUAAGCCAAUGCUACAUGAAGUCAAAAUCGAAUAA